AUGCCAGACCCUGAAACAAACUUCCCACAUCUGGACCCCAAAUUCAAAGCCAACUCUGCCCACAGGAGCUCAGAGCUAGCCCAACAGGAAUCAACCAGCAUCCGAAGCUCCCUGUCCAGACACAUCCACGAUAAGAGGAUCAAAGCCCCGGCCUCCGCCAUCUCCCCACCAGUGGAAAUCAACGCAAAAACUCCUGAAGAAAGGGAAGAUCUGAAAAGAAUUUUGAUGGAUGACACUACCCUGAGGUUUCAUGAUGUCGUCCCCGGCGGAAUUAUUUCAUUACAUGUCUGGCGUUAUGAUGGAUGGACGGACCUGGUUCAGGCGGCUGUGGAAGGGGAUACCAGUAAGCUCUCUUGCCUUGGAGUGAGUGAGGAUUCUCCGUACCGAACCCCAACUUUGCAAUACCUGGGAGAGAAGCAGCGGAAGAAGUGGAUAGCUCAGAGGGCCUUCGUGGCCUUGUACAUCGCCUCGCACAGAGGCCACGUGGAAGCGGUGCAGUAUCUUCUAGAACAAGGAGCCAGCUGUCUCAGCCGCUCCCCCAUGGGCAGGACACCCCUGCACGUGGCUGCAUUCAUGGGCCAUUCGGACUGUAUAGGCCUCCUGCUCCAACACGGGGCCUCCAUCUCCGCCAAAGAUGCCAAGGGGAUGACCCCCAGGGACAUCGCCCACCAGCUGAACCGCAGGCAGGAUGAGCAGCAAAUGUUCCUGUCCACCCAGCUGCCCAAGCCAGGGGUGAAGGGCCCGAAGACCUGA